AAAAAAAUAUUCUAAGCAUGUAUCUUCAUUUUAUUACUGUUGGAUGGUAGCACAUUUCUGAAUUUUGGUUGCUAAUGUGAACAAGACACCAGUGCCUAUUUGGAUAAAUCUGGCAGACAGGAACAAGCUAAGCUUCAGGGGUCUUGUUCCAAUUUUAAACAUUCUGAAGUGGAAAGUUAUGAGGUAUAGCUUAUUUAAAAGGUCUGUCAUAAAUAAAAACUCUGAAAUUCUAUAGAUUCUAGAUGAUACCUGUUCAGUUAACAUGCAAAUCAGAGCACAAAUGACAGUCUCAAACUGCUGUCAAAAGUCAAUCUUGUCUUCAAAGAAAAUUGUUUCAUUUUCCUGUAUGGAAGAGGACUAUAUCUCCCACAUAUACACCAUGUGCUCCAUCAAUGAACGUUUAAACCUGGUUCUGCUUCCAAAUGAAACCCUCUCCAGAGUUACGCGCGAGCCUUCCUCUACUUUCUCUUUCCGAAGUCCCGGAGUUCGUGCUAGUUGGAAGUAAUACGAUCAGAUCAACUCUGCUUUUAAUGCCUUAGCUGGUUCUCUAGAACAAACCCUGGAGGAAAGGUGAGGCGAAGCAGGGCGAGAGGAUCAGCCUCUGCAGGAAACGGCCGCUGCCGUUGCAUCACCAAUUUACACGCAGAGACGAGCUGCAGUUUCCUCGCGGAACAGGGAAGGAAACUGCGCGCUUGCUAGUUCCCGCCGCCGCCGCCGCCAUGGCCCAGUUCUUUUCGCUGACCGAUUGCGAAGUGAUCGCCUUCGAUCUGGACCACACGCUGUGUCGCUACAACCUGGUGGAGAGCGCCCGGCUUAUAUAUGACAGCUUCGCUCAGUACAUGGUGAAAAAAAAAGGAUAUAAUAAAGAACUUCUGAAUGUGAUGCCUGAACACUGGGAUUUCUGCUGCAAGGGCUUGGUGCUGGACUUGGAAGAAGGGAACUUUCUUAAACUUGCAGAUGAUGGAACUAUUUUGAGGGCAAGUCAUGGUACAAAACGUAUGACUGCUGGAGAGAUCUUGGAGAAAUAUGGAAGGAAGGAGUGGAAACAUUUUAAGACAAUGAGCGGAAUGAUUUCUCGUUCAGCUAAAUACUAUGCCUAUGACAAUUACUUUGAUCUGCCCGGGUCACUUCUUUGUGGACGGAUUGUGGAUGGUUUAGACAAACACAGCUCUAGACGAAAAUAUGACUUCUGGAAGGAUAUGGUUGCUGCCAUACAGUAUAAUUAUAAAACAUCAGCUUUUAAAGAAAACUGUGGAAUGUACUUUCCUGAAGUGAAAAGCAACCCAGGAAAAUAUAUACAGUCUUGUCCUGAUUCUGUCAAAAAAUGGUUAAGAAAAUUGAAGGAGAGUGGAAAGAUUCUGCUAUUAAUUACCAGCUCUCAUUCUGACUAUUGCAGACUAUUAUGCGAGUACACUUUGGGGAAAGAUUUUGAACACCUUUUUGACAUUAUCAUCACAAAUGCCCUGAAACCUGGUUUCUUUUCUCAGACACCAAAUCAAAGACCUUUCCGGACUCUGGAGAAUGAUGAGGAACAAGAAGCUCUCCCAAUCCUGGACAAACCUGGCUGGUACUCACAAGGUAACUCGACCCAUUUGUAUGAGUUGCUGAAGAAGAUGACUGGCAAAGUAGAACCAAAGGUCGUUUACUUUGGUGAUAGCAUGCACUCAGAUAUUUUCUCAGCUCAUCACUAUUGUAACUGGGAGACUGUCCUUAUUUUGGAAGAGCUUGGAGGGGAUGAUGCGGUGGUACAUACAGAGUCACGGUCUGAACCCUUAGAGAAGAAAGGAAAGUAUGCGGGACGUCAACCCAAAGCUCUCCGUUCUGUUUCUAAACAGUGGGGUUCUUUCUUUGCGGAUACUAUUUCAGGAAAAGGAAAAGAAGAGGAAAUCUUAGUAAAUACAUGGUCUUGCAAAUCUGUUCAUGCUUAUAGCACAAUUACAAUCCCAAGCAUUGAAGCCAUAGCAGAGGAACCAAAGCACACCUUUAACAUUCUGCAUUAUAAGUCUGUUGGAUGCCUAAAUAUUAUUUUUUGUGGACUAACUCCAAUUACUCCUGCGGUUGUUUCAUCUUCAUCUGCCAGACAAUUUACCACUGGAUUAUCAAUUUGGUAGAUUUUCUUCAAAUAACUCAAUAACUACUGGUUACUACCCCAAACCUCCGAAGUUGUUAUCAUGUGGGGAGCGAAUGACAACCAAAUAAAGCAUCUUUAAAGAAAAGUAAAUCUGAAUUUUCAUCAUGCUUAAGCAAAAAUGUUGGAAACUAUCAAGAAUCAUGCAAAUGAAAUACUAUAUAAAUUCAAAAGACAUUUUGGAAGGGACCUAACCAGGCUGAAGAAAAAAAACUUUCUAUUUUCCUAUUGAUUGUGAUGCAUCCAUCUAUUGCCUAAAUAACAUUUUCUGUUUUCUGAAGAUUUGCUGCAGACUUAUAAUCAUAUCCUGGGUACCUAUGUCAGUUCAUGCAUUACAUGGACACUUUAUAUCCAUAAUAACACAAGGGGAGCAUGUGCUUUUAACUGUGAGCAAUAUUCUAUGAUAAGAGAGUUUUGUACAUACUUAAUCCUCGUGUGAGGGCCAAUUCCAUCAUUCUUCAUACUGAAAAAAGUGGUAAAUAUGUGUGAAUAAGUUUGAUAGAUUUAGGAUUUUGAGGAUUAUGCAGGAAGGGCUGAAAUGUAGCAAUUCCUCCACAAUGAGGAAGGAUAAUAAUUAGCCUUUCAUUUCAAAGUCUGAUUAAAUUUUGUAGUGUGAAAUACACUUUUAAUAAUUUGAAUUAGCAAUCAAACCUGUCAAAUUAAGUGAAUCGACCUUUAGAAAAUCUGUUCUGAGAAAUAUAUUAUUAGCCUGUUUCCUGCUCAGGGCAAACAUAAAAUUUUAUAUUUAAGCCGAUUAAGAUGCUGAACACUGUUUUGCUGCUAGACAUUUACCUGUUCGGUAAAGUGCCCUUGCCACUGGCAUUUUUAAAAAAAGCGCCUAGUUUGUGAGCUUUUCUUCCAGGAUGGUAUCUCCCUUUCUUACAUCAUCAUCAUUUUUUGUAAAAGGAAAUCUGUAAUUGUUUUAGAAAAAUAGCCUGGAAUUCAAAUUUGUAAAAAAGAAAUAGUAUAUUGGGAUUAUGAAAUUACAGUAUUCUGAAUCUUCUAAGAUUCAAAAAUUAGUUUUUACAUUAUUCUGAUACUAGAAUGUGCUUGUCUUUUCAGAAGAGAACACUAUUCAAAUUAGUUGAGUUUAUUCUCUCCUAAGUAGCCAUAGGAUUGCAAUUAAGUCUGCAGUCUUAUGAGUAUAUAGAAAUAAAUGUUACAGUUCAGAUCUAAUUAAAUAAGUCUAGGACUAUACCAUAAGCAAGCCAAUGUUUAUGUCCAUUAGUGUUUUCUCAGCAAGAUAAACCUUGGUAUGUUGGAUUACAUUCAACUUUUCUUGCAUGUGGACUACUCCCUCAGAAAGGGUGAUCUGUUAGUAUAAAUCACAGUUCAAGGAUCUGGUAGUAUAAACUUGAAAUGUCAUGAUUUCUGAAGCCUUCCAUCUGCUUUGGCAGUUCUCAUCUGUAUGAAGUUGAAAAUAAAGGUUAUUUAUUCUUGAGCA